AUGAGAUCGACAAGCCGCAUCUUUGCGGUGCCAAUAGCGCUACUCUUCAUCUCCUUCCUUAUCGUUAGCACAAAUGCAAGUUCAUUUCAUGUCAAGGUUUACAAUUUACAUCACCGGAAAGAGAAUCCACACGAGACGCUACAGUCACCUUUUAAUGUUGACUUAACGGGGCAACGAUUGACAUCAUGGAGUGAGUUGGAAGGCAAUUUACCGUCCACAAUUAAGAAUUUGAACGUAUCGUCUAAUCUAUUAGGGGAGAUUGCUUUUACACAGACAUUCAAGGAGCUAGAGUCGCUGACAUGCUCAAAUGCGUCACUUACGCAACUGAUGGUGAAUGCAACGUCUUUGAAAAGGCUGACAGCGUCAAACAAUCGACUCACAUCUUUCAAAAGCAUUACGUUGCCGUCAAGUAUUGAGGAACUCGACAUAUCAGAGAAUCAAUUGUCGGACUGGUCGGAUUUCAAUAUGCCAUCGGAUCUGCAAAUUCUAAAUGUUAGUCACAAUGCAUUCGAAAAUAUAUCGGGCUGGGAUUUAUCCCUAGCGACGAAUUUGGUCUCGAUAGAUUUGUCGUCGAAUAAACUAACAUCUGUCGUUGGUGCCAUCUUUCCGAGAAACCUGGCACGGCUGGAUCUUAGCAACAAUGACAUACGAGCAUUUGAAAUUCGUGAGACUGACGUUGCAGUGCUAUCCAAGCUUACAUCGUUUAAAAUGAAUGAACUUGUGCAAGCAAAUUGCCCAACCAGCGGAACAAGAACUAUACAAAUUGGCAACGUUCAAGUGUGUGUCAUCUCUGAUUCAAAGUUGGGGAUUCCUGACACCCGUAAUGAGAGAGCGUUAGACAGCGAGGACUAUGUGAUUUUCGCCAGUGUGGUCGUCAGCAUCUUAGUCAGUCUUUGGUUUGUCGUGCUUCUCACGGCUCAUGCAAUUCAGAGCCGUCGACAUCCGGCUAAAGAAACUGAUUCACAACGAGACACGAUGUUAAACUCAUCGUUUAUACCGUUUCGACAUUUGUCAUCAGCGAGAAAUGAAGACUUGCCUAAUGACAUACGAUCAGACCCAGACUUUUUGUCACUUCGUAUCGAGCCGUCCAAUGUAAUGCAAGUACGCACACUUGCUGAAGGCAAUUUUGCAAUACUUACUCUCGUGUAUAUUGGAGAAAUGCCUGCUAUCAUAAAAAAACUUGUGAUUCAUUCUCCUGGUCAACCUUCUGACAAGAUGAGAGCGUUUAUGAGCGAAAUUCGCGUAUGUGCGAAGCUGAAGCAUCGCAGAAUAGUCGGUUUUCUUGGUAUCAUGUGGAGGAGUCUUUCGGAUCUCGCUGCAGUGGUUGAGUACGCUCCAAACGGUAACGUUGCGGUCUUUUUAAAAGAUAAAUAUCUUUCUCGAAAAACUUCACCAUCAACGUUUAUGUGGAUCAACUCGCUGUCUGACUCUCCAAGCAAACUUUCGUUUGCACUACAAGCAAGUGAGGCUCUUGUGUAUCUACACAGCUUUGCACCAUCAAUCAUCCAUGGCCAUAUAAAAGCAAGUAGUCUAUUGCUUGGAUCAACUUGGGAGAUCAAACUCGACCGAAUUGGUUACACGUUUAAUUUAUCGUCAAUAUCAAUUACAGAUCGAUCUUGGACUGCUCCCGAGGUAUUGACGAAUGGAAAGUAUGAUGAAAAGCUGGAUAUCUAUUCAUUUGGAGUUGUCAUGUGGGAACUAGACCGUUGCAAACUUCCGUUUUCACAGAAAGGCUCACGGCGUCACAAUAUUGAUACAUCGUCAUGUGAACUAAAAUUUCGGACAGAUUGUCCUUUGGACAUUCUUGAGAUAGCGCAGAAAUGCUUAAACGAUGAUCCGACUGACCGUCCCACUGCAAUGGAAGUAUAUAAUUCACUUCGAAAGGUUCUCUCUAAAGUUUGA